UCAUGCCAGCCCAGCCAUCCCAGUCGUCGCCGGCCGCAGGGCGACACCCGACUGGAGCCCCCAGCCGCAACGCAACCCACCCAAGAAGCAGAGUAGAAUAUUCCGCCGUGGACCGAGCAGCAGUGAGCUCUGAGCAGAGCUACAUAUACCCCGUGGCCGCGCCGCGCCAUUUGUGCACACCCACAAGCUUCAAGCUCCCUCCAGGCAUCUCCCAAAUCCCCCCAGCCGAACAAACAAACUUGGACAGGGGCAGCUAGCAUCCAUCCAUCCGCCAUGGCGCGCGGGGGAGACGGCCUGCAGGUGCUCAGCGCGCUGGACGCGGCCAAGACGCAGUGGUACCACUUCACGGCCAUCAUCGUGGCCGGCAUGGGCUUCUUCACCGACGCCUACGACCUCUUCUGCAUCUCCCUCGUCACCAAGCUGCUGGGCCGCAUCUACUACACGGACACCAGCAAGGACAACCCCGGCUCGCUCCCUCCCAACGUCGCCGCCGCGGUCAACGGCGUCGCCUUCUGCGGCACGCUCGCCGGCCAGCUCUUCUUCGGCUGGCUCGGCGACAAGCUCGGCCGCAAGAGCGUCUACGGGAUGACGCUCAUGCUCAUGGUCAUCUGCUCCAUCGCGUCGGGCCUCUCCUUCGGCCACACCCCCACGGGUGUCAUGGCCACGCUCUGCUUCUUCCGCUUCUGGCUCGGGUUCGGCAUCGGCGGCGACUACCCGCUGUCCGCCACCAUCAUGUCCGAGUACGCCAACAAGAAGACCCGCGGCGCCUUCAUCGCCGCCGUCUUCGCCAUGCAGGGCUUCGGCAUCCUCGCCGGUGGCAUUGUCACGCUCAUCAUCUCCGCCGCGUUCCGCGCCGGGUACCCUGCCCCGGCGUACAAGGACGACCACUUCAACUCCACCGUGCCGCAGUCCGACUUCGUGUGGCGCAUCAUCCUCAUGCUCGGCGCCUUGCCGGCGCUGCUCACCUACUACUGGCGGAUGAAGAUGCCCGAGACGGCGCGCUACACCGCGCUGGUGGCCAAGAACGCCAAGCAGGCCGCGGCCGACAUGUCCAAGGUGCUCCACACGGAGAUCGUCGACGAGCAGGAGAAGCUGGACCAGAUGGUCACCGCCGAGAGCAACACCUUCGGCCUCUUCUCCAGGGAGUUCGCGCGCCGCCACGGCCUCCACCUCGUCGGCACCGCCACCACCUGGUUCCUGCUCGACAUCGCCUUCUACAGCCAGAACCUGUUCCAGAAGGACAUCUUCACGGCCAUCAACUGGAUCCCCAAGGCCAACACCAUGAGCGCGCUCGAGGAGGUGUUCCGCAUCUCCCGCGCGCAGACGCUCAUCGCGCUCUGCGGCACCGUCCCGGGGUACUGGUUCACCGUCGCGCUCAUCGACGUCGUCGGACGAUUCGCCAUCCAGCUGCUCGGAUUCUUCAUGAUGACCGUCUUCAUGCUCGGCCUCGCCAUCCCCUACCACCACUGGACCACCGCCGGCAACCACAUCGGAUUCGUCGUCAUGUACGGCUUCACCUUCUUCUUCGCAAACUUCGGGCCCAACAGCACCACCUUCAUCGUGCCGGCUGAGAUCUUCCCGGCGCGGCUGCGCUCCACCUGCCACGGCAUCUCCGCCGCCUCGGGGAAGGCCGGAGCCAUCAUCGGCGCCUUCGGGUUCCUGUACGCGGCGCAGAACCAGGACAAGAGCAAGGCGGACGCCGGGUACCCCGCGGGCAUCGGCGUGCGCAACUCGCUCUUCGUCCUCGCGGGCUGCAACAUGCUCGGAUUCGUCCUCACUUUCCUCGUGCCGGAGUCCAAGGGCAAGUCGCUGGAGGAGAUGUCAGGUGAGGCUGACGACGCCGAGGAGGAGGCCGUCGGCGCCCGCGCGGUGCGGCCGUCGGAGACCCAGAUGGUAUAGAAUCGAACGCGUUCACACGGGAGCUGGUUCUUCUUCUUCUUCUUCUUCUUCCUGCACCUGCACAUGGGGAGACUUGUGUAGGCGCUUCAGUUCAAUUGUGUUUUUGUUUCUCCAUGUAUGCAAGUCAAGUCGCACCUCUGUUUCGCUGUCCAGGAGUAGUUCGUAUGUGGUGCAGGUGCAUGUGUGUUAUGUACUUAUUAUAGGCGGGAAAGUAAGUGAACUUACACUCGUAUACCCAACCUUUUACUGGUGUGAAAAGUUAUGCUGAAAA